AUUGUCAUCCGGUGGCUUCAUCGACCUGUAUACAAGACUAUUCGCUGUCUAGGAUCCACCAGAUGACAACAACCAUGAGCAAAGUGUCCGAGAUACUGAUCCACCAGCAUUAAUAAUUAAUGGAUUGGAGGUACAAUCCAGAUUGCACAAGCUGCUCGUACGCUGACUUGAUGCAGCCACCACUUUUGGGUUCAGGAGUAAGUCGCCGUAUGUUACCUGCUCCAGCUGGAUGGACUCUACCUUUUUCAGCUCGCGAUCUAUCGCCGAACCACAGAAGUCACCAUAAGCGCUCUAAAGAUCAGGAUGACAGAACAGAGUCAAGUUAUUCUCCCAACUCUCGGAAAAGAUUUGAGGAUGCCAAGAACCGGCCAGACAAGCUCACACCAGAAUCGGCAUACAAUCAAGAAUCACAUGAUGGUGAGGAUGAGAUCAGCAUCUAUACGACACUAGAUCGUGGCUAUACGGUUGCCCAGCAAAUACAUAGCAGCUCACCCAGUUCUGUGUAUCCCACGACGGCAGAACUGUUCAAAGGUAUCGGGGCUCAUUCCAGCGCAGGCUUUUCACUGGACUCACUUCUUCGAUCUUCUAUUCAGCCAUACGGUGGUAGUAAAGAAUCUGGAACCAAGAAAUGGUUGCCUUUUGACAAAUUAUUUGAGCUUGUCAAUGAGAGUUUUGUUAAUCAGGAGUUGUUGCAGGCCUUCAACAACGAACUGUCAGCAAAUGAGCUUGGAGCCUAUGUGAAGGAGAUUUGCGGUCCUAUCAUAUACAAGGAUGAUAGAGAUAACAACUUGAAGUCAUCUUCAAGAAGCAUCUUUGCUAUUCUGACCCUCAUGGGCGAGCUUCGAAGCGUGCCACAUUUCGUUGAUCCUGAAUCUAGGCUCAGCGACAAAGACUUGCCCCUGGAUUCGCGGAAAAAUCCAGGAACCAAUACAUACGAAUUCUUCAGCGUUAUGCUUCCUGGGUCUGUCUGGCCAGGCCCGAAAGACUGGAAGGGCAAAGAGUAUGAUUCCUUCAUGGAUUACCAAUCUUAUAUGCUUUCGCCUUUCUUCAAACUAAGGCAAAAAAACAUUGUACCAUUUUACGACUUGUAUCGUAAUACUGUUCUGCCCUUCAUAGAAGAUGGAGAAAAGAAUCGUCGUCGAGAAGGUCAUCAUGGAAACGUAUGGCGCGUCAAAAUCCAUCCUGCUCAUCAUGAUUUCAAUAUGGAUAACCACGGCAAAAAUCCAUACUUCGCUGUAAAAUCACUCAAUUCUGAGAACGAUGAAGGAAAUGGCUUCAAAGGUGAAGUAAAUGCUUGGGCGAAGUCUGUGGGAACCACUGGCCACCGUCACCUCGUUCAGCUUCUUGCCACUUGGCGUCAAAGAGGUCGAUGGCACUUGCUGUUUCCCUGGGCCGUGGGGAAUCUUCGAGACUACUGGAUUACCAACAAGCCCCCCAACACAGAUCCGGAAUGUGUUCAGUGGAUUGCCAAACAAUGCCUUGGUGUUGCAGAAGGUCUGAGGAAGAUCCACCGGACCGGGUCCGAAGAUCCAAAUAGCGACCAUCACGAUUGGGGCAUCCAUGGUGACAUCAAACCGGAGAAUAUUCUCUUGUUCGAUGAUUCGGAAGAUACCCUUGGGAUCUUAGCUAUUUGCGACUUUGGCUUUACAAGGUUCCACAGCAGGGAAACGAGAUCGAAUGCAAAGCCAGAGGGCUGCACUGGCACAUAUCGUGCUCCGGAAUACGAUAUGAAACGUGGAAUAUCGAGACUCUAUGAUAUGUGGACCCUCGGAUGUCUUUACCUGGAGUUCAUCACAUGGUAUUUGACUGGAUAUGAAGGUGUGGAUAGGUUUUCUGUGGAGAGAAAGCGAGCGGACAGUGAGGUAAUCCCCGCUGAUAAAUUUUUUGAGUGUAUCAAUCUCCAUGAGGAAGGUAUGCGUGGCGUUAUUAUCAAGCCAUGCGUUCUUGAUUGGAUUCGCUAUCUUCGCACCCUCGAACACUGUAGCAACUUACUCCACGACUUUCUCGAUGUAAUAGAAAAGGAUCUUCUAGUCAUCGACACUCAUUUCCGUCAAACAUGUGGUAUGACUGUACAGAAAUUAAGGGAAAUUCGCGACAAAUGCAUGGCGGAAGGAAAGUCGUACUGCUUCACUGGAAAUCCAACGCCCAUGACUGUGGCACUAGUCCGUGUCCAAAAUGACCCAGUUCCUUUUCGUCUUCCAAAAGUGGAGAGAUCUGACUUCCAGCCAAAUGCUAUGCCUCCUCCAUAUUCAACAUGGAUGGCUGACAGUGGGUUGUCAGGAGAACCUGAGCAGAACCAUGCUUAUGAUAAUAUCGGGAAUGUCCUAGCAGACCAAAUAGCAAGACGAGACGGUGCGCCCAUGAAAAUCAAUCUCCAGAAACAGAUUGAGGACGACAAUGAGAAUGUCGAUAGAUCUGAAGGUACGGAGGAAGAAAUGGAUGAAGAGUACAAUGAAGAGAUGGUUGGACUCCAAGGCGACUCCCAUGAAUACGAAGAAUUAGACGAAGACGCGCCACUCCUAUCAAGCCCCGGAUCUUUUCUACAGAUAUCUCCCCAAUCACAAGAUUUCGAUUAUCUUACGGCAUCUCCAGGGCCGCUCGACAGAGAUGUCUUCAUAUCAGAUCUGUAUUUGCCGGCGGCUCCAACCCAAUCAGCAGAGCGGACCACUCAUGGGAGCACGGAAACACGGAUAGAGCAAAUUGGCGGGGGCCCUGAAACAGCUUCGACAGAGAGGUCGAUACUUCUCCCACGCGGCGAUGAUGUUUUGGGUUCUUCACCGGCGCCAGUCACAUCUGAUGGGCGUUCUAAUCGCCGUCAUGAGCCCCGUUCUUGUUGGAAUGGAACAGUGAAACUUUUGCGCUUUAUAAGUAGCUGGCUUGGAAACUGGCUUGGAUGUGUGAGAUCUCGGACUAGAUAUCGGAAUAGAUCUCGGAAUACAGAGCGCUGAGUUGCAUUUGUAGUGUGCUGUAUAAUAUCAUGUAAUAAUAACAUGUGAGGAAGGACUAGGAGGUUGCAUGCCGCCGCAUAGGUAGGAUGUGGCAUAGAUGCAUUCCAGCUUUCAUGAAUAAUGCGGAUAUGAAGACCG